AGAUCCUAUUCAUGAGGAAGUCUCGUUACUGGAAUCGAAUCAAAAUAUUUCACAAAAAAAUCCCAAAAUAAUAAAAACUCAGGAAACCUCGACUGCUAUACAAACACCUAUCCUGGAUAGUUGUUCGGACAGUGGCAUUUCCGCGACAUCCGCAUCGAAAAGGGAAAGGAAAAAACUGCAGUUUUCCAGUAAUUUGGUGAAGGAAUUUGAGUCUGAUCUUCCCGAAAACAAAAUGAUUAUCCUAGGACAAACGUGCAAAGCUAAAUUUUAUGAGGUGAGUUAUUUUUUAUAUAAUUGCAAAAAGGAAUUUAAAAUUUUCAAUUUCUAGACCCAGUUGCCUCAAAAUGUAAAAAUACUUCUAUUUACAAAAGAAAUUUUCUUAACCUUUAGUCAACUGGAACAGAGUCAGGUACAAGUGGUAACUCUUCCUGACUCAGAAGCCAGUCCUGACCAGAGUCCAAAUAUAUCAAAAUGUGAAAAAAGUCCUCCAAAACCGAUAAGAUCUGCACAUCGAAUGAAGUUGAUUCUGGAGCAACAAAAGCGUAACUCCUUAAAAGUUAAUGAUAAUGAAACGUCUAAUUCAAUGGUAAAUAUUCACUUUCCUUAUACCACAACAUCGUCUACGACCAAUGAAGGUCUUGGGUACAGAAUUCAAUGUAUUUACUUGCAGUUAUUGGUCUAAGGCAAAAGUUAAAAAGAAAGCGAUAGCGUUUCGCCUACUCUCCCUCUACUAAUUUCAUCCCGACGCAAAAUUAACGUAAAGAUAGCCGAGAUAUACGGCGUAUUGCAUUUUCCAUUCCAGCUGGAAAAUGGACUGUUGGAAAUCGAUAUAGCAUUGCUCUUCUUUUUUCAAACUUAACGCUUUGACUAUGAAUUUCUGUUAAUGCAUGGAUAUUUUGGCACCCCAGAACAAAUUGCUAGGCCGGUAUAUGACCAAAACUUUUAGGAUCUAAAAUCGAUUCUCAGAAACCCAGAUAACAUCAUCCCAUCAUCCAGCGAAGAUGAAACGACUGUAAGAAAGCAACAAUAUAAAACCCAGCCGAAAGCAACUUAUGCUAGAGUCAUCCCAAGAAGCUUCAGACACUUAACAACCCCAGGCGAUUCAUCUCCAGAGCCCGCUUCUACUUCUUGCACUACCUCACGAAACUCCAAAGAAAUCCUAUCAUCACCACCAUCAUCGAAAUCAAAUUCAAAAGACAGCUUGCCCACCUUACCUGGAUCAGAACAUUUUCUUCCGAAAGUCAAUUCUUCAUGUAAUAGUUUAAAUGUCUCUACAAUGCAGAAUAAACACAUUUGGUCCCUAAAUAACUUUAUACCAUAUAAGUGCCGAAUCUGCAAAGAAGCAAAAAAUUAUUAUUGUGAUAAAAUUGAGACGACAGUGGCUCUUGUACAUGAACCCAAUUGGUCUCUGGAUAAGACACGGCCAAAGAGUUCGAAUAAACCAGAAGAAGAGCCAAAGAAACAGGUUUUAUGCCAAGAACACAAAUUGGAUAAAGGUAUUAAGAAGCUGGAAAGUGAAAAUGCACUCUUCGACGAAAAUAAGAUUGAAAGUUCCGGAUCGUCAGUAGACAGCGAUGGAUUAGAGGCAUUGGUCACUGACCAUUCUAGUGUUUCCCAUUUUUAUCAUAGUAAUAAAAAUAAGAAAGCAAUAUCGAAAAAACCUAAAAAGAGCUUAUAUAAAAAACAGAAUGAAUUAUAUAAGGCAUUGAGGCAAACCAAAGAUCGAAUUUAUAAGGUCAUGGUGGAAGCAUCGAAUGCUUUACAAGAGGCUAAUAAAACGGUGAGGAGCAACAUUGAUCAAAUUUUGGUAAUACAGAAAGUUUUACUAGAAACAGGUGAACGAGUGCAACUAGUAAACAAACGGAUUAGCGAUAUGUCGUAUGCUCAAAUAAAUGACGAUUGCCCCUACACAGCAACAAUCACUUUAUCUAAUAUUGAUCUUUUAUUGAAACCCAUUGGCCACAAGAAGAAAUAUGCAAAAUAUACUGAAAGGUUCCUUAUAACAAUUUCCCAUGGUCUGGAUCUGUUUGUAUCGGAGUUUAUGGAGGAGCAAACUGAUCUGCUAUCCUUGAGUCGCGCUUUCACGUUUGAGAAUGUUUCUCCAGAUUUUGAAAUUAAAGUCAAGCUAUUUUUCAUCCGAUUGAAAAACCAUAGAAAGUACAUCAACUGGAAAAGAUUGUUAAAGUCCUCCACUUCUAAAAUAAUUUAUCAAGAUUACGUAGAAAACCAGUUUCAAGAAAAAGAAGUUUACAAGACGUCUUUUCAACUCUGUGCAGAGAUGACACUCACUAGGGACCAAAUUGAGACCAGCUCCUCAACGCUCAUUACUUACCCCAAAGUUUUUCCUAGAAUAAGUGGGAAAAUCCAACAUUGCAUACGAUGUAACACUGAUACCAAUGUGAACAUCAGUGGAUUUUUGGAUGUGGGAACUAACAAAGGAGAAGUUACAUUCUGGUAUACUAGAUAUUGCAUUCUGAAAGGAAACGAUCUCUCGAUCUACUCUGAUCCAAAUGACUGGCAGUUUGAUAGAGAGCCAAUUGAAAUGAUCAACUUAAGUUUUUGUUUAGGACCGAUUACGAAAAAGGUGACUUAUUUUUGUUUUUUGAGGACAAUUAUUGUUAUUGACCAACCAUUUCAGAUUAACAAUUGUUCGAAGCCAAGAUGUUUCCAACUGACGACUGUUAGGCCAAACAAUGGAUCGCAAAAAGCGACCCUUAAGUCAAAACCAAAUUUCAUUCAAAAGCAGUUUUAUUUCCAUGCCAGGGCGAAAAGCGAGUAUGAGGAAUGGACGAUCCAUCUGGAUCAACUGUAUCACUCAUUGAUGCUUUUUAAAAAAUUAUUUUUUAAUCAGGAAUCUGAAGAAUAUUCUAAGAACAUCUUAGAAAAUUGACUUUCUUUGUUGAAAAAGGAUUCAGGGAUUUGUCUCUGUCUUAAUAAGUGAUCGGAAGAUAAAGCUUUAAUUGUUUAAGACUCAAUAAAUAGAAUAAUAAG